UGUUAUCUUUUCCAGUUCUUUCUCGUUAUUGUUAUUAUUAUUAUCCCGAGCCUAAAGCCCGAGGGCGUGAGUAAAUCCCGCUGCCUGUGCUGCUUCUCAUUAGCCGCCCAAGUUCCUCUUUUACGCCGGCCUUACGUUCCUCUUUUGGUCUUUGGAGAGCGCGGCAUGCAGGAAGGAAGCAGGCGGCUUCCUCUUUCGUCUCAACCCUUUGUGAUAAACACGGUCUGCAUCAGAAGAGGAAAUAGAAAUAAUCUGCGAGCAGCGGUCGCCCCUCUAUCCGCCUCCCCUCCACAGCGGCUGGGCCGAGGGCGGAGCAAGCGCGGCGCGCGGCGUUCGGGGCCCUGGAGCGACUAGGGUAGCUUCACGCGCCUGGCGCGGCGCCGUCCGGGAAGCGUUGAGUCAACUCGCGACAGUCUUUUCUUUGCGGUGCUGGGAAAUAUUCAGGAUGGGGAGCGCUGGCAGCUGAUGGUGCAUUGUAAGUUACCAUGUGAGGACAGGAAGACCUGGAGGAACAUUGUCUAUGGGUCGGACACGACUUCGCAAUUAACAACAACGUUACCAUGUGAUCUUGGGCACAUCGAACAUAAGGAAUACAUCCUAUCAACCAGUUUCUCCAAAUCCAGAUCUAGAUUAUGUUCCCAUCCUAUGACAUUCAGGAAGCUACUGAAGACCUAUCUGUUCUCCCAGGAGGCUGAGCAUUUCUCCAGGUGCUCCUCCAUCAUAUCACUACUUGAGUUAGCAUCAUGAGAAACAGAUGGGAUGCUGCAGGGUUGCUACUCCUAGCCUUCAAGGUCUCUAUGCUGAAAAAAGGUGACCCAGAUGCCACUAUGGGCCUGCAGUGCUUCCAACCAUUUUUCAGCAACUUUGUGAACUGCAGCUGGUUGACCUGGGAAUCUCAAAAUGCUAACGCCACCUAUAUCCUUCACUACCAGAGCCUAAAAUUUAGCAAAAUGCUGCUACAUCUUGGCCAAGUGCACUUAGUGAUAGCCCAGACGGGACAGAACUGGCUGCUUAUUGAACGAAGAAACCUGACACAUGGAGACAAAUACAGUGUCUGGAUGGAAGUUCACAGUGCAGCCGGGAUUGCUGUCUUCAAGAAAUUAACCUUCAGCCUGGAUGAAAUAGUGAAGCCUUGUCCUCCUGAAUUGGAUCACGUAGAACAGGAUUGCUCUGAAGCCAUAGUGACAUGGAAAAACCCUCACUGGUCUGAAUUGCAUAGUGACCAACCUCUCACUUAUGCUAUUCGAUACAAGAUAUCCACAGACCAUGAAUGGACCUAUCUGCAGGAGGCCCAUCUAGACCAAGAAAAUCAUGAAUUCUAUGACCUGAAACCAUUCACCUGCUAUGAAGUGCAGGUACGGUGCAUCCCAGAAAAUAAAAAAGACCUUUGGAGCGAAUGGAGUUCUUCCAAAUCCUUCUGUACCUGUGAGGCUGCUCCUUUGGGUCAAGUUGAUGUGUGGCAAAAAGAGUGUGUUUCUGACCGCCAGAAUCAAAGCUGUUUCUUGCUCUGGAAGGCACUGGAUCCAGAAGCAGCCCAGGGAAAGAUCCUUGAUUAUGAAAUUAUCUUCCAGGACCACAGCAAAACACUCUACAGAAUGAAUUACAAUUGCUGUCAGGCUUUGAUCCCUAUCGGUGCACAAUACGUCUCAAUAGCAGCCCGCAAUUCUGUUAAGAAGACACUCUGGGCUAAUCUCAGCUUGGAGAAAACAGAGCUCCCAGGCCCUGAGGAGGUGACAGUAGUGGCAUCAGAAGGUUUGGGUCUCAACGUGACAUGGAAGCCCAGCAUGGAUUCUCAUUGGGUUCAGCCUAAGGAAUAUGUGGUCGAGUGGAGAAAAGAGAUUGCUGAUAGUGCGGGAGAGUUGCUGAACUGGACUCGCACACUUGGAAGCAGUACCAGUGCCCUAUUGAGAGGCAAUUUCAGUUCAAAGGUACCAUACCUUGUGUGUGUGUAUGGUUUGUAUGCUCAUGGGAGAACUGCCUCAGACUCUGUACGUGCCUAUUUCAAAGAAGAAGUACCAUCAGCUGGUCCCCAAGGACUGCAAGACGAAAGACUCUCAUCCACUGCCACUUCCAUCUCUUGGGAGGAGAUUCCCUUGGCAGACCGCAAUGGGCAUAUCAUACACUAUAAACUUUACCUGAAACAUCUCCGUUCAGACAGCCUUAUGGUUCACAAGCCCAUUAGUGCUACGGAAAGAAAUUACACUCUCUCAGAUCUGGAGCCAGGAACAACCUACCAGGUCUGGAUGACUGGCUCUACAUCGGCUGGAGAGGGUGCAGCCAGUGCCGUGCAUCACUUCAGUACAUCAGUUUCUCAUUGGCAGAGCAUUGUGAUAGUUUUCUCACUUGUGGUCAUCCUGAUUACAAUGGGGUCCAUUAUGGUGCUGCUUAAAUAUAGAAGGCUACUGAGCUUCUGCCAUAAGGUCCUGCCUCGGUGGUGUUGGGAGAAAAUUCCAGAUGCAAAACACAGUGGGAUUGCUGUGGAGAUGAAUGAAGAGAGCACUGCGCCGGCCAUGGAUGUCCUGAUCAAGUGUUCUACCCAGUUGCCAGAAAUUAUGGACAUUGCUGAGAUAUUAGAACAAAUCCCUGAGCCAUCUCCACCACUAGCAAGACCAAAUGCCAUGGUGAUUUCUGGUUAUGAAAAACGAUCUCUUCCUACUCAAGAGGAAAUUCUGAAUUGGAUUGAGCAGGAAAGAAACAAUUCUCCAUUUUCUGGACUCAGAGAAAGGGAGACAUGAUCCUUUUGGGGUCAUUUGCUCAGCUGCUACUUCUGAUCCAGCUGCAGAUCCAAUUUCUCUCGGAAGGAUCAUUCCUUGGGCUUUUGAAGCUCCUACGGUGCCUCUGGAUGAAAUGACUGAAAUGUCUCUUAAUAUCCUUUGAUCUGCUUAAAACGAACAGGGCAAUGAAUUUAAGCCAGAGACUACAGUGACCUGAUCCAGUCUCCAAGGUCUUCAAGACUCUCUUGCCGAGAGGCUUCUGAGGUCACUUCUGAUCUUUAGCAUAUCUCCAGAAUAUGGAGUUGCUGUUUGUGCUGGAUGACGGGUCCUUUCUUCAAAGAUGUCUAAUCAGACUUUUUCAUAAGGUGCUAGAAAAAGGGCCUUUGUGACUAUAGCCCAGCAGCUGUGAAAUUCCCCAGGCUGGAACUGGGGAAACCUACUUUUUUUACUUUCUACCAAGAAGGUCUGUAAAUUUUUACUUUUUAAAGGGUAGAGUAAUUCCCAUCACCCAAAAGUUAUAAAUUGUUUCAGUAUACUGGCUGAGGUGCUGGAUUAACAACUGGGAGGCCAUGAGUUCUGGUUCUCCUUAGCCUGGGUGAUCAAUCACUCUCUUUUAGUGCAACCCAGCUUGCUGGGAAAAUAGGAAUAAGGUUUAAUAAAUAUUUGUAUAUAAUCCA